ACACCUUUGAUAUUUUGGCACAAGGGCACACUUUUCCAUUGACUCGAAAUAGCCCGCAUUUACCACUUUCUCUCGUUGAAAUAGACCUCCUAAACAGCGCCGUGCAGAACACAAUACACUACAGCGAUGUGUGGCCACUUUACAGAAUAGGCUACAGGCUCGUUUCGGCGCUGCAACACCCAGAAGUGAACAGCAGGCGACCCGGAAGUUCUGAACUCCGAGACAGAAUAUCAAGGUUUUGCUGUAAUAAAGCUGAAGGAAAUAAAUCAGCAGUCGCGAUACCAGGAUGGCUGAGCCCCGGUUUAAUAAUCCCUAUUUCUGGCCUCCGCCGCCUUCUAUGCCGGGUCAGCUGGAUAACCUGGUUCUGAUCAACAAAAUCAAAGAGCAGCUGAUGGCCGAAAAGAUCAGGCCUUCGCACUUGCCACCCACCACUGUUCCCUCUCAGCAGACGCUGCUGGUGGCCUCGCCGCCGCUGGGCGAGGCCGGGGGACAGCACCCCGUGAUGUCCAUCCCCAAGCUGCCACAGGUGCCGGGCCUGCAGCCCCACAACCCCUCCUCCUCCUCCUCCUCCUCCUCUUCCUCCUCCGUGGCUUCGGCGCAGCCCGACAUCGCCCUGCACGCCCGGCCCGCCUCCAGCACCGUGCCAGGUAUGGUGAUGGACUGCCCUCACCGCUCACUGCUGGCCAUGUCGUGGCCUAACGACUUGAAUAUGGAUGAUAAAGCAGCAGUCAAAGCAAAAGGAUUAUGGGAAGACUGGCACAUGCGUGCAUCUCUCGACCAAGUCAACAGACACAACCAGCGCUCAGGUCUAGCGCCGUCGUCUCGCACAGACACAGCCCACAACACCUCAGAAGCCAUCACCCCAACCACGCCGACCUCCAGCAAUCAGAACCGGCUGGGCGGAGCCCCCAGCCUCAACCUCAUCUCGGGAUUGGCCAGCGGGCCGGGCAUGGACCACAUCAAGGGCGGGACCCUUGCAGGCAUGCUGUGCCCGCCGCCCAAGACGCCGCGCGGCCGCAAGAAGAUCAAAGCUGAGAACACCUCGGGGCCGCUCCUCGUGGUGCCUUACCCCAUCCUGGCGGCAGGCACCGACCAGUCCGGCAUUACCAUCACUGCCAAAGAGGGAAAAACGUACAGGUGUAAAGUGUGUCCCCUCACGUUUUGCACCAAGUCGGAGAUGCAGAUCCACUCCAAGUCCCACACGGAGGCCAAGCCCCACAAGUGUCCGCACUGCUCCAAGUCCUUCGCCAACGCCUCCUACCUGGCACAGCACCUGCGCAUCCACUUAGGGAUCAAGCCUUACCACUGCUCCUACUGCGAAAACUCCUUCCGCCAGCUCUCACACCUGCAGCAACACACCAGAAUUCACACUGGUGACAGACCCUACAAGUGUGCACAUCCUGGUUGUGAAAAAGCCUUUACUCAGCUUUCUAAUCUUCAGUCCCACCAGAGGCAACACAACAAAGACAAGCCGUACAAAUGUCCAAACUGCUACCGAGCCUACUCCGACUCGGCCUCCCUACAGAUACACCUCUCCGCUCACGCCAUCAAGAACGCUAAGGCCUACUGCUGCAGCAUGUGUGGCCGAGCUUACACCUCAGAGACCUACCUUAUGAAGCACAUGUCCAAACACACAGUGGUGGAGCACCUAGUCGGCCACCAUUCUCCUCAGAGGACUGAGUCUCCUAACAUUCCUAUACGCAUCUCCCUCAUCUAAGCUACUCUACGCAAACUUCACACUCCCUCCCUGCCUCACUUUCCUCUUCCCUCUUCCAUUCCUCUUUCUCCACUUCUCUUUUUACAUUUUAUUUUGUCGUCCUUUCUUUUAUUUUGUUCCUGUCAAGUGGUUUCUUGCGAAUGUGCCAGAUAGUUCUCCUGCUCUUUUGAAAAUCGAGCCGUGGAGAAAAGCAGCAUUUUUGUCCUCAAAGGGCCUGCAAUGGCGGCUGCUCGGUGUGUCUGUUUGUUUGUUCGUUUGUUAUUGUUUUUUCUGUAGUUUUUAACCAGAUAAUAACAAUCCUGGGGUGCAUUUCUCGAAACCAUAGUUGCUAACUACAUUAGCUACUUUGUUGGUUGCAAUGCAAUUUUCCGACCCAAGUUGCUAACCGGCUAACAACUACGCUGUCGAGAAACACAACCCUGUAUUGGUUCUGCAGAGUAGACGAACCUGCUGAUAUGGUUUCUAUGGUGACCUACAGCUCUGGUGGUGACUCUCUCAGAGGUGACGUGCAGUGGAGUUUGUCUAUGUUCCCACAGCCCAUUGGUCCCACAUCACUAAGAAUUUAAGACACAUCAUUUUUUAAGCCCAUUGGUCCCACAGCCCAAUGGUCCCACAGGAUAUUUUUGCUGCUCCAUGUUCCCACAUUUCUAAGAAUUUUCAAAUUCAAAUUUAGGCCUUAUAUUCCUUGGCGGGGAGAGAGGCACGUUCUCUAAGUUUACUCGGAAAUGUGGGAACAUGGAGUUGUGGAACAUAGGGCCUAUAUUUGAAUAAUUUCUUUAAAAAUGUGGGAACACGGCACAGCAGGAAUAAGCUGUGGGACCAUUGGGCUGUGGGAGCAUAGGGCGAUGGGAGCAUAGGGCUGACCCCAAUGUGCAGACGGCCCAACACAAGGCACUCCUAUGCUGACGCUUGUGUUUGUUACCGAGGAUGUGUUAGGGAGAUGCCCAAAGAUGAUCUCUUUUUUGUUGUUGUUGUUGUUGUUGUUGAAAAAGCACUUUCAGGCCUUUUGGUUUCGGUAGUGUAAAAGACCUUUUUUAUUAUUGUUGUUGUUAUUCAAGAAUGAGGCAUUGCUUUAGGCAGCUAAAGGUUCGAAGACUAUCAUUCUGUGUAGGUGUCAUGGGUUUUACUCAUCUUAUUCAUUUCUAACUGAUCCAAGCGUUCUCCUCGUUUCUCUGUAUUGUUUUUUUUCACCAGACUAUUUGUAAGCAUUGCAAAUGUCAGUUAAGCUGCCCUCAGACAAGUUCACAAUCAAGAUAUUGUUUUUAGAGUAUAUGUUUUAGUUGGCUACUUGGUACACAGUCAAGACACACGCACACACACACACACACACAGGACCAGAUGAGAGUUUUGGCACAAAUGUUCCCAUGUGAUGCACCUGCGGGAAAAAUGGCUUCUGAAAAAAGGACUAUCUGAUAUUUCCCUUCAUGCGCAUGGCUAGCCUGGCCUUGCCAAACAAAAGCACUCCAGUCCAAACAUAUUUUCCUCCAUAUUACGUCUGGGGAAAACGAGGACUCCAGGCUCUUCUAUUAGAUGAUUUACCUCUUAACUUAACCUGGUUAAAAUACAGGGAGGGGCGAGGAGAUUGGGGAUUGCAUUUCAAACUUCAACAUAGUUCCGCCCUCCCAGUAGUAAUCAUUUUUAAUGUCAGGACAAAAUCUUAGCAAUUGGAUAAAAUUAGAGAGGUGCAUUUCAAAUUAGAAAUGGCUUGCCCCCUGCCACCUCUAAUCGUGUCUCAAU